UCGUUACGUACGUGCUCGAGCACGUACGUAACGAGUACGUGCGUCUCUGAAAUGUCAACCUUCAACUUAACCAUCGGAUCUGCUUACUGGUAUCUGUUACGUGCACUGUCUACAGCGGUGUAAGAUUCAACUCGAUGUUGUCUUUGUCGGUGAAAUUAUGUGAAAGUAAUUGACUGCUUUUAAACCUACAUUGUACUUUCAGUUUCACUGUGUGUGGUGCUUCGGUGGUAAAUAAAGGAACGGGCAGCUUCGCAACAAUUCUAGCUUCUACAAGAAGUGCAACUUGCAAGGUCACGUGCACCAUCUGAUCGGUACCGUACAUUGUGCGCUGGCUGGGUAUGUUUGGCCGAGGUUGACUUGACAGCAGGGCCAGGCCUUCCAAAACUCCCGUGAAAUCCUAAGGUGAAAUCCUCAAACAGGACAACAUGGGUCUGCCACAGCCAAGUUGCGGUCACAGGUUCCUGCGAGUCGCCUUGUUUUUCUACAUGUUCUUUUAUUGGCUGAUUGGAGUUAUCAUUCUUAGCAUCGGCAUCUACGCAGAGAUUGCGAAAUGGAACUACCAGUCCAUGGUGGACGUUUUUGUCACUCCCUCCAGCAUCAUGGUGGUGGUGGGCGUCUUCAUGUUUAUCUUGGGCUCUGUGGGCUGCAUCGGGGCCCUCCGAGAGAACAUCAUACUGCUCAAGAUUUUUGGAUGGACCCACACCAUCAUCUUCCUGUUGCUGCUCAUCUGUGGGAUCACUGCUCUAAUCUUCAGGGGUCAGGCGAAGAGUUUUGUGAGCAAAACCUUCCGGAAUACCAUUGAGGACUACUACAAUGAUCCUGACAUCCAGUUCACCAUAGACUCUAUCCAGCAGAAUUUCGAUUGCUGCGGAGGUUUUGAUUUCCAAGACUGGGAGAACAACAUCUACUUCAGCUGCGACAGCCCCGGCGUGACGGCGUGCGGAGUUCCCUUCUCGUGCUGCAAAUCUGCCAAGACGGAUGUUGUGAUCAACACUCAGUGUGGUAAUGGCGUUCGGAAGGGUAUUCAACACCCCUAUGAAAUAGCAGACACCAUCUAUGUCACUGGCUGCACGGAUGCUGUCCUGACGUGGGCUGAGGAUAACUUGGGUCUGAUGGGCGGGGUCGCUUUGGCCUUCGCUGUUACGCAGAUUCUUGGAAUUUUCAUGACUUUCCUGUUCAUCAGCCAAAUCGAAAAGGAGAGAGAUGAAUGGGACGGAGGAGCUCCAGCAGCAGAACCCCUGCGUACCUGAAAAAAAUUCCCCGUCCUCCCCACCUGUCAUCACAGUUGAUAGUCAAGCAGUUGGUAUACAAUUAUGCAGUGUCACAAAGAGCAAGAUAAAAGGGUUCAAUUAUGCAGUGUCCAAGUCACUGGCUAUGCCUAGCAAUUACACUAGUCUAUAGGAUAUGGCAGUAGCGGCUAGCUAGCAGCUACAAAUUGUGUGUGUGUUUUUCCAGCCGUAGCCGCAGAAUUCUCUGCUUAGCAGAUC